AUGAUUACAUGAAAAAAAGUUAGUUAAAAUUUAAAAUUGAUAUAUAGAAGCAAAAUGUUGUUGUUUAAUAUUUUUUCUUUUCUCUUUAUUCUUUAUAAUCAGGCAAAUUGGUUAUCGUCUCUUUUAACUGAGAAGUAUAUUUCCUCAACAUGUAACUUAUCUUACACUACAUUAUUAUCAAAGUUUAAGCAACUAAAUCCAGAUGAAAAUAUUCUACAGAAAUUAGAAAAAGUACCAGAAGAUGUUGAUUUUAUUGUAGUAGGAGCAGGAACUGCGGGAUGCAUCCUCGCCAAUCGAUUGUCAGAAAACAAAAGUUGGAGUGUGCUUUUACUCGAAGAAGGCGGAGAGGAACCAUUAAUAGCCAGUAUACCAGCAUCACUACCGGCUCUUGUAGAAAUUAGCCGAUAUUAUAAAACCUUAUCAGAUGAAAAUUCUUGUUUGGCAAACAAUGGAUGUCUUUACAUUUCGGGGAAAGUAAUGGGUGGAACGAGUAGUAUUAACGGUAUGAUGUAUGUCAGGGGUACCAAAGAAGAUUUUAAUACUUGGGACAAAUUAGGAAAUCCAGGCUGGAAUUUUAAUGAUGUAUUACCGUUUUUUAUAAAAUCAGAAGAGAAUAGAAAUAAAGAUAUUGUAAAACUGAAUCCCGGAUAUCAUGGAACUGAUGGCUACCAAUCAAUACAAAGAUUACCAUACGAAGACCCAAUAUCAACUACUCUUCUCAAAGCCUUACGAGAAAUUGGACUUAAUGAUACAGAUUUUAACGGAGCAAAUCAAAUCGGAUCAAUGCGAGCGCAAGCAACAUCAAAAGACGGUACAAGAGCAAGUACAAAUGUUGCUUUUCUUCGACCAAUCAGAAAAAAGCGAUCAAACUUAUUGAUCAGAACUAAUUCUCGAGUAAUGAAAAUUAUGAUCGAUACGGAAACAAAAAGAGCAAUUGGUGUAGAAUUUACAUCAACAAAAACAGGAGCCACAAAAGUGGUAAUGGCAAGAAAGGAAGUGAUUUUAUCUGCAGGUACCAUUGAAUCAGCAAAAUUAUUAAUGCUCUCUGGAAUAGGUCCUCGGGAUGAACUCCAAAAACACAAUAUUAACGUCGUACAAAAUUCACCCGUUGGACAAAAUCUACAGGAUCAUGUAACAUUCAUGGGAAUUCGCUACAAACUACAAGGAGGUGAAUUUUUAUACAAUCCUGAUUGUGCAACAAGACAAUUACAUUUAAACGAGUAUUUAAAAUUCAAAAAUGGUCCAUUUUCAUCAGUAGGUGUAAUACAUUCUACAGCAUUUUUACAAUCACACCUCGAACCAAAUUCAACCGCUCCAAACAUACAGUUUUUAUUUCAGUCAAACGCCACUUCACCCGACAGUUGUAUGUACUACAAUAAUUUUUAUCUAAGAGUAGUUUUAUUAUCUCCCAAGAGUAGAGGCUACGUGAAACUCAAUGAAACUGAUCCAUUUAUGGGAAAUCCUAUAAUUAAUUUUAAUUUUUUCUCGAAUAGUUCCGAUUUGGAAGAAUUAAUAGAAGGUACUCGACUAGGAUUAAAGUUAGCAAAUACAACAGCAGUAAAAGAAAGUAUUUUCAAGUUUGAUUCAACUCCUCUAACUGGUUGUGAACAAUAUGAAUUUAAUACGGAAAAUUAUUGGCGGUGCAGUGCGGCACAAUACACUGUAUCUUUGUAUCAUUCAUCUGGAACUUGUAAAAUGGGUCCAAGGAAUGACUCUGAAGCUGUUGUCGAUGCGAGAUUACGAGUUUAUGGAAUUAAAGGUUUACGAGUUGCUGAUGCAUCAAUUAUGCCAUUAAUAACAAGAGCAAAUCCACAUGCUACAAUUAUGAUGAUUGCCGAGAAGGCUGGCGCUAUGAUCAAAGAAGACUGGAUUUAAUUUUUAUUUUUAUCUGAACAAAUAUUUUGUUUCUCUUAAAUUAUAAUUUAUCUUUUAUAUUCCAUUGAAUGCUAUUUAUUAAUUUACACAUUAGUUAUAUGUAAUUAAUAAUAUAAAUUCAAUACAGAUAAGCUUCUGAAAUUACAAUAUUGUACGUUAAACAAAUUUUAAUAAAGAGAAGAAGAUUGAAACUUA